CCCUUAUAGACCGAAACCCCAGUUGUUUUUUUCUUCAGUUUCAGUGACGGCUAAUUGGAGUUGAGUUUCAACAAACACGAUGGCUCAAGGAAAUUACAUGGAACGGAACAAACGAGAUUAUGGCCUCCGUUUCGAUCACGAUGUGAAACUGCGCAAGUUAAAGGCUCGUCAAGCUCACAAGCACUCUAAAAAGGCCCAGAAGAGUUUGGGUCUUGAGGGUAAGAAGAUUGCCAAGAAAAAUUAUGCGCAGAAAGCGCAGAUGAGGAAGACUUUGGCCAUGCAUGAAGAGUCAACAAUUAGGCGCAAGGCUGAUGAUAAUGUUCGGGAUGGAGCUGUUCCUGCAUAUCUUCUGGAUCGUGAAAACACGAACCGGGCAAAGAUUCUCAGCAACACUAUUAAGCAAAAGAGGAAGGAGAAGGCUGGGAAAUGGGAUGUUCCUCUACCAAAGGUACGUCCUGUGGCUGAAGAAGAAAUGUUCAAAGUAGUCCGCACUGGUAAAAGAAAGACGAAGCAAUGGAAGAGGAUGGUUACCAAAACUACUUUUGUUGGGGCUGAUUUUACCAGAAAACCUCCAAAGUAUGAGCGGUUCAUUCGUCCUACUGGAUUGCGGUUCACUAAAGCUCAUGUCACUCAUCCAGAACUUAAAUGCACAUUCAAUCUAGAAAUUAUUGGAGUCAAGAAAAACCCAAAUGGACCUAUGUACACUUCUCUUGGUGUCAUGACCAGAGGAUCCAUAAUCGAGGUGAAUGUUAGCGAACUUGGUCUGGUUACACCUGCAGGGAAAGUUGUGUGGGGUAAAUAUGCUCAGGUUACCAACAACCCAGAAAAUGAUGGCUGUAUUAAUGCUGUUUUACUUGUUUAAGUUUUUAUAGAUAAUUGGAAGCUGGGACCAUGGAAAAAGCACUUUGAAGAUGCUCCUAGACCAAAGCCAAGGAUUGCUGAAAAGAGGUAGCGCGCUAAGCGAGGUUGAGCCCGCUAAGCGCGCUUUUGAAGAAAAGAAGGAAGUUAUGGCAGAGAGUUCCGCGCUAAGCGAGGUCUGGAGCCCGCUUAGCGCGGUUGGGCGGUUUAAGCAUUUAUUGAUAGCGCGCUUAGCGGGCUGCACCGCGCUAAGCGCGGUCUGCGAAACUUUGUUUAUUUGUUUAUGGGCCAGAUCAUUUUAGAAAGUAGUUGGAGAUAUUUUAGAGAGAAACAAGAGCAAUAUACACUGUAGCAAAUAUAGAGUUGAAGAUUGGAAGCCUUGAUCGUCGAUUAAUCGCCAUUUGAUGCUUGUUGAUCUUCAUCCUUACCUUCUUGUGCAAGCUACCAUUCUCAUGGAUAGCUAAACCACUUUUGUAUCAAGAUAAGAUGUAAUCUUCCUAGCCUUUUGUAUGUUUUUCUUGUGAAUAUAUGUGUAUGAACAAGUGAUGAUCAAUAUAGAUGGUUUAGUUUGUUUAUUAAAGCUUUUCCUUUGGUAUAAAUGUUUGAGA